AGGUGUGGAUUGGCAACAGCAGCGACAUGGCACACUAUGUCCAUCGCCGCUUCGGGCGGCGUUCCGUGGCCAUGCUCUUCAUGGAUCAUCGAGGCAGUCUUUUCCAUGAAGAUCUUCAGAGUUUUCAGGAGCUUGGUCUCUUGAAAGACGGUGCCAUCGUCGUUGCGGACAACGUCCUGAAACCAGGUGCACCCUACUUCUUAUGGCAAAUCUGUCACAGUCCUUGCUUUGAAGCGCGUUUGCUGGCAGUGCCAGAGUUUGGCUUGGGACAUCAGGUGCUACAAGACUGGAUGGCCCUGGGCCGCUACGAAGCGACCACAGAGCCAAGAGGGUCACCUUUCCCUGCGGAAAUUCACGCCUUGGCCAUCGACUGCGACCAGUUGCGGCGGAGAAGUCUCACAGGGAUGCUGACCUCAGAGGACUGGGCAGCACAUGCAGGUCGCAUGGAGCUCCUUGGUGCGCGAAGAAGCAAGAGGGGUGCAGAAGUUGGCAGAGCUGGGGAUUUCGGCCGCCGUGGCAGAUGAUGGCGAAACAGCCGCGCUGUUUGAAAA